AUGCCACGUGGUGAAUAGCUCUUGUAUUUUCUUAAUAAUACGAGACCUUCAAAACAGGUUUCUCUUUCGAUCGAUUAAAUCUAAAACCACGAAAAAGAAAAUCAGCACUCUCUCAAUGGGCUCUAAGAAACGGCUUGUCAGGGUCGCUAAGAUUUGCAUUUGCCGGUGCAUUUGCGACGUCCGGGGCUCGGAGAUACGAUGAGGAUCUAACAGGACUCGAGACUCUGAAUGACUCGGAAUCUGCAGAUGAUCCAUAGGCAAGGGGUGUCGUAUGUUCGUAACGGUUCUCCCGUUCUUUCGUGUUCUUCGACCCUCCUCCUAGUUUCAUGAAUAAAAGAUCCUUGAAUAAAACAUCAGUUUGUCCAGUCGCUGGAUUUAUGUAGUACUACAGCGAGUCGAGAUCGUCCAAAGUUCAUACGGCUCUUUGGAUGAACGUGUUAAAAACAGUUUACCAGUCGGCAUUUCAUUCGAGAGUUAUAACUUGAUUGAUUACGUUAAAAAAAAAUGGACAUUACAUGGGAGGAUUUUUAUGCCAAACAUCAGAAACCUCAGGAUUUCGAUCAGAGCGUAACGUUAAUGAAGGAAUUUGUAAAACGACAGUUGAACAGAGAUGACAAAGUGGUCUUAGUGACAAGCGGUGGUACGACAAUUCCUUUAGAACGCAAUACUGUAAGAUUCGUUGACAAUUUUAGUGCCGGAACGAGAGGAUCCGUGUCCGCGGAAUAUUUUUUAGAAAAUGGAUAUGCUGUCAUUUUUAUGUAUAGAGCCAAUUCUCUGGAACCGUUUUCCAGACACCUUAAGGGACAGAAGCUUUUAGAUAUGUUGGAAAUGAAUGACCACGAUGGCAAAACCACGCUUACAGUCGCUCCACAAUACGUGUCUAACUUGACAAAGAUAUUAUGCAGAUACAAGGAAGCUCUAAAGCAAGAUAAAUUACUGCAAAUAACUUUUACUACUCUCUCCGAGUAUCUUUGGCUUCUUCGCGCUGCUUGUCAGACGCUGGCUUGCAUGAAGGAACAGGCGAUCUUAUACCUAGCGGCUGCAGUCUCAGAUUUCUAUAUUCCAUCCAACGAACUGUCUGUUCAUAAAAUUUCGUCCAGCACAGCUCCCACGAUAUCCCUUCACUUGGUACCGAAAAUAUUGGCCCCUCUAGUGAGCUUGUGGGUCCCAGAGGCUUUCGUCGUAUCAUUUAAAUUAGAAACCGACGAAAGCCUCUUAAUUUCGAAAGCGAGAGGCGCGCUGAACAAGUAUAACCACAAUUUAGUCAUAGCCAAUAUGCUGCACACUCGGAAGCAACAAGUAACGUUUGUAAGUCGAGAGAGCGAUUACGUUCUUUCCCUCACCGAUGAACAGCUGAGCAAGGGUGAAGAAAUCGAACGAUUGAUCGUACGUUCUCUCAUCGAGAAGCAUGAAGCUUUCAUACGAUCCGUCCGUAAAAAGUAAUUGAUACACACACACACAUUGUCCAUGUACAUAAGUACAAUUUACAAAGGUAUAAAGAUGCAUUUAAACGAGUAAAAUAUAUUAUAAAAUAAAUAUCGAACAACCAGGCUGUUU